UGACUCCUUCAUCUGGAGGGUGAUAGUCGGUCGGGCUGCUGGCUCCUGCAGACUCUCAGCCCCGGCAGCUGAAGCUCCGCUCGGACACUCUCUCUCUCGCUCUCUGUCUCUCUCUCUCUCUUUCUCUCUCUCCAGACGCCGAAGAGCCCCGCCGACAUCAUGGGAAACGAAGCUAGUUACCCCUUGGAGAUGUGCUCGCACUUUGAUGCUGAUGAGAUUAAGAGGCUAGGAAAGAGGUUUAAGAAACUCGACCUAGAUAACUCCGGCUCCCUGAGCGUGGAGGAAUUCAUGUCCUUACCAGAGCUCCAGCAGAAUCCCCUCGUGCAGCGGGUCAUCGACAUAUUCGACACCGACGGAAAUGGGGAGGUCGACUUCAAAGAGUUCAUUGAAGGAGUCUCCCAGUUCAGUGUCAAAGGAGACAAGGAGCAGAAGCUGCGCUUCGCCUUCAGGAUCUACGACAUGGACAAAGACGGCUACAUAUCCAACGGCGAGCUCUUUCAGGUCCUCAAGAUGAUGGUCGGCAACAACCUGAAGGACACGCAGCUUCAGCAAAUCGUCGACAAAACCAUCAUCAAUGCAGACAAGGACGGCGACGGCAGGAUAUCCUUCGAAGAGUUCUGCGCGGUCGUCGGGGGAUUAGACAUUCACAAAAAGAUGGUGGUGGACGUGUGACACCUCCUCGCUCUUCGUCUCCAUUUUACUGAGGAUCCGCUCAAAGACGUCGUCCAGCAAAACGCUCUGUCUGUUUUCAACGGAAGUAUUUUCUCUGUGAAAAAGCCGCCCCCUCCCCUCAUCCACCUCCCCACUCUGCCCCCCCGUCCCGUCCCGUCCCGUCCCGUCCCGUCCCGUCCCGUCCCGUCCCGUCCCGUCCUGUCCCGUCCCGUCUCGUCCUGAACCUUCUGAAGCCAAACCUUAACAAGUGUUAUUGAACAGGAACUCUCAAUAACCCGGCGUAGCACUUUAAAAGCUGACGGACAGCUUUUUAACGUGGAGCGAGCAUUACAGUUUGGUGGAGGGAAGGCGGAAGGGUAGUGCGUGUGUGUGUGUGUGUGUUUGUGUGCGUGUUUGUGCGUGUGUUUGUGUGUGUGUAUGUGUAUUAAUUUGUCGGAUUUCAAGGUAUUUGGGUUUUUUAUAUUUAUUUUGGUAUAAGAAAUUAUAUCUUAGGGACGUGUGUAGUUAGCUGUGAUGUAACUUGAUGUACUUGACUUCAGCACACCACGAAUAGAGCAUGAAGUGCCAACCAGAACAUAAUGAUAACACACCACCACACACACACACACACACACACACACAGGAUAAUGAUUCUGCUGGUCAAUCUGAGAGGAAAGCAUUUUUUUCGGGGUGCUAACCUCAUUACUCAAACACAUUUAAUAUCCGGGAGUAUUGCAUUGUUUUCCUUCAGCUCAAUGAAAACAAAACAACUCACAUCAUGUUUGACAAACUUUUUGGGAAAAAUCAUGCGAGGAGGGGGGGAUUGUGCACUAUACAUGUUUUUUUACUGUCAGGGACUUAGGCUGCUAUCGUGUCGCUUUCUGAGACAGCGCUUUACUGAAUCUAGUGAACUCCUGCAUGCUCACACACACACACACACACACUCACACGUUCAUGGUUUACUUCGAAUGGAAAGUCUUUUAUUUUGGAUGUCAUUUAGCGUCACGUCACCAAACGAAAGCGCAUGAAACCAACCGUGAUCCAGCCAUCCACCUGAGCUUUUUGACGUUUGGUGUUGUCGCUGUUGGCGUUUCUUUGCCAUCAGCCAAGAAAAACUGGUAGAUGGUUUCUUUUUUUUUCUCUUCUGUAUAUGUAAAGGAAAUGUUGAUGGUUAAAAUCCAGAGAGGCAAACUUUUUUCCAUGUCAUCAUUUACAAGUGCGCUUGUAUUAGAAAGUGCAGACAGCGUUGAGGGGCGUUACAGGCGAAUCUUUCCAGCAGGGCUCUUACACACAUCUGGAAAUUCGUAGAGAGAGAGUUUGGUUAUUUCCUGAUCUUGGAAAUAAGUUUGGAAAUCCCAUAAAAAGUUUGGAAAAAUGUCGUCCAUCUCCUGUGAUUCGACCACUGUGGAGAAUAACCGUCUUAAGAUCGAUAUGACAAGAUUAUAGCACGAACAAGACGGCUGUCUGCGGAGGUUAUUUUGUCAUUUUGUGCACCGACUUUUAAAAACAGAUCAGGGUUUUGUCAUUUUGAGACUGAAGCUGUGUAGGAGCCCUGUCAGCGUCAAAAAUGGGAAACACAAAUGACCCUCGAGGUCGCUGAGGUGAAAAAUCUCCGUCCAAGAGUUUUUCCAGCAAAGAAACAAACAGCUGGGGAUAUUUAGGUGUUAAUUACAGAUCAGACAAUUUGUUAGUUUUGCUGAUUUUUACACAGACGGGGAGCUUGACAGAAAAAAGGCCCUCAUACCUCGGGAACUGGUGUAAUCGAUUAUGCCGACGAUGACGUUGUGUUCCUGACUGUUGAGUGCAGGCGAUCGCUGUGCUGAGGGUUUCUUCUACCCGAACCUGAAGUCUUGUGUUUGCAUGAUACAGAGGGUUUUUUGUUUUCUCCUCACCCCGGUUGUUUGUACAUUUAUACCUUUAUUUUGUUGUUCUUUCUUUGUUUUUAUUUUUUUAACACUCCUCUUGUUUACCAGCCUGGUCUCACAAAAUUUUGUGAAAUUAAAGACGACGCCUUCAAACACAAGUGGUGCUCUCUGUGCACAACAUGGGACAGUAACGCCUUUUCCCGCCCUAAAGAACGUUUUAUUUACACCACAACGUAACCGCUUGAUUUCCAGGAAGUAAAAUGAAUGGGGGGUGCUAUAAGAAAUAUAUUUUUUUGUGUUUACUGCUAAAUUAGAUUUAUAUUUUGAGAAGGAAACCAGCCAACAAGGUGUAAGUCAUUGUUCAUUUCAUAAACUUUAACCUAAACGUAUUCAAAGUUGUUUUAUGAUGCUAAAACUAAUCAUCAGCUGAUCUUUUUUCACAUGAAAAACAAGUGAAAAUGACCUUCGCCUUGUGUCGACAGCAGGGAAUCUGCGUUUCAGAGUUGGUGGUCAUUUCAUGAAAUUUUGUGAGACUGUGUUGUGUUUACAUGUGAUUAGUAAUGUUAAUAAUAUAUAUACAAUGACAUGAUGAAAAAGACAUAUUCGUUGAUGUUGCCAAAAACAAAAAAAAAACAAAGGGUAAACAUGGGAAUGACUCAGAAAUUCGUCCACCACACAGAACUGUACCAGCUGCAGUCUUCUGGCUCUGUAUGUCGGCUUAAGUCCAGCGACGCUUCGACUGCCACAUGCUCUGUUUCUUUCAAGUUGAAUUUUUUUUUUGUACCAAUAUUUGUUAUAAACACUUGGUGUCAAUGCUUUCUGCUUAGUUUUAUUUUAGGUCAGUGCUAAAAUGUCUUCUUCUGGGUGAAAGGGAUGUUGAAGGUGGGUUUGCCUGAGCGGAGGCGACAUGGAUUCAGUCUUAUAGGUUUUUAUUCCCGUCUUAGCGGUUUUUAUUUCCGUCUCUGCAUGCUGCAUCACACUGCUGUGGGAACCAUUGAAACUUCAUACAUGGAAAUUGAGGAAUAAACUAUUUCAAAGUUGUUAA